AGCCAUGAGAAUGCCUUUCCGAUUCCAAUUGCCUUAGCGAUGCUCAUCCUCUGGAUUGGUCUUUCAGCAGCCCUGUUCUGCUUGUACGAGCAGGAAUGGGGAUAUCUCACCUCUGUCUACUUUUUCUUCGUUUCGAUAAGUGCACCGGAUUAUAAUUCGAAACCGCAGCUCAACGGAAGCGGUUACAAAAAGGCCGACGAAAUCAGAAAUACGGUUGGGCUGGGCGAUAUUGUACCGGGUAACAAAGAUAUGAUGCUCGGAUAUUUCCUUUUGAUACUUAUCGGACUUGCUUUACUCUCAAUGUGCAUUAAUCUCAUUCAAGUAGUUUUAGAGCGAAUUCUUGGGCAGUUAUUGCAGGAGUACAUCGAUGAAAUUGAACGGGUAGCCGCAAUAGCUAAAAAUGAAGUGGAUUUCAGAACUGAAGGAGCUCCAUUUGAAAUGGGGAUGGCUACAGCGCAUCAGAACGGUCACAAUCGUCCGUUCAACCAUCUGCAUGCUCGCUGUUAUGGCCGACUUGACCACAGUCCAAUAAAAGUUUCGACCUCAUGCAGCAAAUUCUUGUUGGUUACGCAUAUGGUGUGCUGGGCAGGCGAAGAAAUUUGA